UCUCUCUCUUCCCACAGAGACAGCCCCCAUAGACAUAGAGUACAUCACCUCUGCUGUCUUUCUCAAGCUGUAGUCGUCCUUGCUUGGGAAGUGUAAAUAGACAAACACUCUCUCUCUCUCUCUCUCUUUUACCCUUUCUAAGACAAAAACUCAGAUUGGCUGCCUUCUAACUGCUAGCUAGCUAGCUCUAAGGGGAAAAUUAAAACACACAUGGGGGGAGGUUUAAUUUCUCACUAACACUGAUGUUUUGUUUGCAGAGGUGGAAGUGAUCAGCAGAAAUAUGGAAGUGGUGGAGCUGGUUUUUAAUUUCAAAGGAAAUACACCUUAUUAGACUUUAGAGAUAAAUGGUGCAUGUGUCAUUCUCAAGUUGCUAGUCCCACCAUCUAGCUCCUGAGGCUAGGGUUGUUCAGUGCAAUCACAAAGCUCUCAAAUGUUUCCUUCAAACAACAAUGGCAACAAUGACCCAAUCACUUACAUUGACCAUUCAAUUCUCCACAGACAUUUUUCUACUGAUAUCACCCCAUAUUCCAAACACGAUGACCUCCCUCUUUCCAUUUUUCAUUUUCCAUCUCCCUAUUAUAAUCAAUGUGAGUUAGAACUCGAAGACCAUGAUUUUUUCCUCCAUCAAUACCAUGAUCUCUUACUUCAUCACCAAACCCUGAUGACUGAUAAUUCAGUUUCGGAGACCAUCAUUAACAUGCCUGACUCCAGCAAGAACGAGGAGUCAACCAUUGACUGCACCAAAAAAAGCCAUAAUGCCGCUGAGCAGCAGAUACCGCGAAAGAGAUCAUCAUCUUCCAAGAGAGAUCGGCACAGCAAGAUUAAUACAGCUAACGGACCAAGAGAUCGGAGAAUGAGACUGUCUCUUGAUGUUGCUCGAGAUUUCUUUGGUUUGCAAGACAUACUAGGCUAUGAUAAGGCUAGUAGAACUGUUGAGUGGUUACUCAUCCAGGCAAAGCCAGAAAUCAAGAAGCUAGCUAGAAGCCAGCUUUCCCAGAUGAAUAACAGUUGCAACGUUGCCGCUGAAAAGAGUCCAUCUUCAACUUCGGAAGGUGAGGUGGUAUCUGGAAUUGACAAGGCUUCUAUCGAAGGAAGGUUCUCUAAGGGGAAACCUUCAACAAAAGAGAAAAAGGUUAGACAGCCACGUAAAAUCACUUUCGGCCCUCUUGCAAGGGAUUUGAGAGAAAAGGCCAGGGCAAGGGCAAAGGCGAGGACAAAAGCAAAGAUCAUGUGGACUCAAAGGUUUGAUGAAUCAAAGCUAUGUUAUGACACCAGAAACAUUAAUGAUCUGAAUAAAUUCAGUUCUUGGAGUUCGUUUGAGACUGGUGAAGAAUCUGGCAUUCAAGAUCACAACAGGAACAAUCCUUCCUUGGAGGCCGUGUUAGCUGAGUUUAAAGAGCUUAGCUCUCGCGAUGGAGAGCACAUAAGGAUUCAUUGGGAUAUGGUUGAUGAAUCUUUGGCAAUUAUGAAUAAGUGGAGCCCAAAUUCGAUGUUCAAUUGUCUGCAAAACGCUGGAAUUAACCAAGAGCAUCAGCUCACAGACUUUAUGUCCUUUGGCAAACCAUGGGAGGCCUACAACAAUAAAAACCUGUGAAAACGUGGUUUUCCCUUACUUCUUGAGUUCUUUGACGAGUCAUGUGGAUAAAUAUUAGAGGCAUGCUAUGUAUGUAUGACUUUCUUUGUGUAGGGAAUGUAAUAUGGACUUGCUUUUUCUUUUCUUUUUUAAAAUCUAUUUGGAAUUUUCUUGUGGACUCUAUUGUCAAUGAUUAUUGUUGUGUGUAAUUAUAAUUAGAAUGAUGUUAUGCUUUCCUUGUUUCUGUUCUAAGUAUUUAAAUAUAGUAUCUUAGAUUCACGGUAACCUAAAUUAGAACAAUCAAGU